ACUUCCAUCCAUAAAAAACACCCAACUUUUUCAACAUUUAAAUCGCCCCACUCUCGGGAUCCCGAUACCGUAGUCUAGUGGAUACUUCUUUUCUUCGAUCACCAUCUCUCCGUCCCGACAUUGUAGUCUAGUGAUACUUCUCUUCUUCGAUCACCAGUAAUCCGAUAAUUCAAAUAUAUAAAAAAACAUUUUAUUUACGAGAAAAAAUUAUGACCGGUUCUCCGAUUCUCGGGUUUUUAUUUGGGCCCGACAUACAUAGGCAUGAUUGGUGACAGGGGACCUCUUAUCCUGAUGCAGACUCUUGGCACCAACCACACUAUAUAUUAUUAGCUAGUGAGUGUACUCCUCACUAUCACUAUAGCUUAAAAAUUUGCUCUGUUCUUUAGUUUUCAAAUGGAGAUUCUGAAGCAUUGUGCUGCAAAGUUUAUUACACUGGUAGCAGUGUCACUAGCACUACUUGCAAAUGCAACAAAUGCUACUAGCAGUGGCUGUCAUUUCCCGGCCAUAUAUAAUUUCGGAGACUCGAACUCGGACACUGGUGGACUGUCAGCAGCCUUUGGUCAGGCUGGUGCACCUAGCGGCGAGACGUACUUUCAUCAGCCUGCUGGUCGUUACUGCGAUGGACGUCUAGUUAUUGAUUUUAUCGCAAAGAGUGUAGGGCUACCGUAUUUGAGUGCAUACCUGGACUCAGUUGGCUCAAAUUUCAGUCAUGGAGCCAAUUUCGCCACUGCUGGCUCAACGAUUAGGCCUCAGAAUACAACUCUACAUCAAUCUGGUUUCAGUCCUAUCUCUCUGAAUGUCCAGUGGUAUCAGUACAAUGAUUUUCAUCGUCGCUCUCAGGCUUUCCGCUCCCAAGGAGAGGUAUUCAAGAAAAUUUUACCAGCAGCAGAAACCUUCUCAGAAGGCUUAUAUACAUUCGACAUUGGACAAAACGAUUUAACUGCUGGAUUAUUCCUCAACAUGUCCACCAAUGAAGUUAAAGCAUUUGUCCCUGAUGCAAUAGAUCAGUUUAAUAACAUCGUGAAAAACAUCUACAGUCAAGGCGGGAGAUCGUUCUGGAUCCAUAAUACAGGACCGGUAGGGUGCUUACCUUAUGUACUGGAACGCGUGAUGAUCACUGCUGGAGAGAUAGACCAUGUUGGAUGUGCAGGCUCUAUCAAUGAUGUCUGCCAAUUUUACAACACGAAAUUGAAAGAAGCUGCAGAACAGCUCCGAAAAGAUCUUCCAUUGGCUGCUAUUACUUAUGUUGAUGUUUACUCUGUCAAGUAUGAUCUCAUCAGUCAUGCUAGCAGAUAUGGGUUUGCCCAUCCACUACGAGCAUGCUGUGGGCACGGAGGAAAGUACAACUACAACAGGAACGUCGGGUGUGGAGGAAAGAUCAAGGUAAACGGGACAGAAGUGCUGAUAGGAAAAUCAUGUCAGAAUCCAUCAGUGGUGAUCAACUGGGACGGCGUUCACUACACAGAAGCAGCUAACAGAUGGAUCUUUGAUCAAAUUGUAGAUGGUUCAUAUUCAAAUCCACCAAAUUCCUUGAAAAUGGCCUGUCGCGCAAGCUAGCUACAGCCUGCAGGUUCCGAAACUAACAUCUCAUGUUCCGGUUCUGAACUGAUAGAUUUGGCAGUGCUUGAUAACUUAUGAUUGAUAAUGAAGAUGUUAAUUGAAAUUCAAUUAAGACAGACAUUAUAUUGCAACCACAUAUAACAAAUUUACUUAAUUACGUUCGAUUUU